AUGGCUUGUGGUCAACAGUUAGUGUCAGUGAUAAACAACAGAAUUGCAGAAGAAAACCUCAACAGGAAAAUAAAAGUAUUCAUUUUCUUCAUAAUUUCAAUAACAAUGGCCAGCAUGGCUGUUUUCCUUGCUUUUGUUCAGGAGGGCAGCAACGGCUUAUUCAAUGUAGAAUUGGUUCCAAAAGUGUAUUUCUCUCUUGGAUCCAAUGGAUCUUCUGUGAAAAGAAGUGGUCUUCUCCAAAGAACUGAAACAAUGGCUCCCGCACAGUUUCUGUUUUUUUCCAAAAAUCCAGAAAAAGAGACUCAAGCCAUCUCUCAAGCGGCUGAAAGAAUGGAAGCUUCAAUACAGGACCUAAAAGGAAAACUUCAUCAGAAGCAUAAACGAUCACUGCUUCCAAGUGAUUUGUUAUCCACUGAUGUUCUCACUGUGAUUGCCAAUGUAUCUGGAUGCCUGCCGUACAUGUUGCCACCAAAAUGCCCAAACAAUUGUAUGACCAGUAAAUAUAGACACAUCACCGGAGCUUGCAACAACAGGGAACAUCCUAGAUGGGGAGCUUCCAAUACAGCUCUGGCUAGAUGGCUUCCUCCAAUUUACGAAGAUGGACUAAGUCAGCCCAAAGGAUGGAAUCAGGGUUUCCUACACAAUGGAUUUCCAUUGCCAUCAGUGCGAGAAGUUACAAGAAAUAUUAUUGAGGUUCCGAAUGAGGCUGUCACUGAAGAUGAACUACAUUCUGAUAUUAUCAUUGUGUGGGGACAAUACAUAGAUCAUGACCUCGCAUUUACACCUCAGAGUGUAAACCGACUUUCCUUUCUGGGAGAAGUAGACUGUCAACUGACAUGUGAAAACCGAAAUCUAUGUUUUCCAAUACAGAUUCAUGCCAACGAUUCAUUCUCCAUGAGUGUGGACUGCAUGCCUUUUUACCGUUCAUCUCCUGCAUGCGCCACUGGUCACCAGGGAGUUCUCUUAGGAAACCUGUCAGUCUUAAAUCCACGGCAACAGAUUAACAGCCUCACCUCCUUCCUUGAUGCAUCCACUGUUUAUGGCAGCACAACAGCAGCAGAGAACAAACUAAGGAAUCUCACCAGCGAAGAAGGCCUCCUGAGAAUAAACAUGCACUACUUUGACAAUGGCCGUGAAUACCUUCCUUUCGUUGACCAGGUACCUUCUCCUUGUGCUCAGGAUCCCAAAGCUGACAAUGCAGAAAGGAUUGAAUGCUUUAUGGCAGGGGACACUAGGUCUAGUGAAGUUAUUUCAUUAGCAGCCAUACACACUCUGUGGUUGCGACAGCACAAUCACCUGGCGAGAGCACUGAAGAAGCUCAACCCACACUGGAGUUCUGAAACCGUCUAUCAAGAGACUCGCAAAAUUGUUGGUGCUCUCCAUCAGAUUAUUACCAUAAGAGAUUACAUCCCAAAAAUCAUUGGCCCAGAUGCUUUUAACCAACACAUUGGUCCUUAUAAAGGCUAUGAUCCCACAAUCAAUCCUACAGUAGCCAAUGUAUUUUCUACAGCAGCUUUCCGCUUUGCUCAUGCUGCAAUUCAUCCAAUAAUAAAGAGACUUAACACACGGUAUCAAGACGACCCAAAUCUUCCUAAUCUUCAGUUGCAUGAAGUUUUUUUUACUCCUUGGAGGCUCGUUAAAGAAGGUGGUUUGGAUCCAUUGCUGAGAGGAACUCUGGCAACUCCUGCAAAACUACAGGUGCAAGAUCAGCUGCUGAAUGAGGAAUUAACGAAGAAACUCUUUGUAUUGUCUAAUAACGGUUCAUUGGAUUUAGCAUCAUUAGAUUUACAACGAGGACGUGACCAUGGGCUCCCAGGUUACAAUGACUGGCGAGAAUUCUGUAACUUGCCGAGACUAAGGACAGAAGGUGAGCUUACAACAGCAAUGGAGAACAGAAAGGUUGUGAAAAAAAUCAUGGACCUUUACAGCAACCCCAGCAACAUUGAUGUCUGGCUGGGGGGAAUAGUAGAAAGCAUUCUUCCCAAUGCCACAACAGGUCCAUUGUUUGCAUGUAUAAUUGGAAAGCAAAUGAAAGCACUGAGAGAUGGUGAUCGAUUUUGGUGGGAAAACAGUAAUGUUUUUACCGAAGCACAAAGGCAUGAACUCGGAAAAUAUUCUUUAUCCAGAUUAAUUUGUGAUAACACAGGCCUCACUGAGGCACCUCUAGAUGCCUUCAGACUUGGAAAAUUUCCUCAAGAUUUCAAGUCUUGUGAAAAUAUACCCAGCAUAAAUUUAGGAGCUUGGCAGGAAACUCUCCAACCAGAGUUGACUUGUAGCUUCCCAGACAGAGUGGACCAUGGUGACUUUGUCCAUUGCUUAGAAACAGGAAAAUCCAUGGUUACAUACUCAUGCCAACAAGGAUACAAGCUUCUAGGAGAAGAACAACUAACCUGUACAAAAGGGAGGUGGAAUACAAAACCACCAGUCUGCCAAGACAUCAAUGAAUGUGAAAACAAAAUGAAUCCACCAUGCCAUUCCUCUGCCAAAUGUGUGAACAUUAAAGGCACCUUCGAGUGUCUUUGCACAGAUCCUUAUGAACUGGCAGAAGAUGGAAAAACAUGUACAGAUUCUGGAAGACUUUCCAAGGGCUCACUAGUCUCCAUCAUUUUAGGUGUUAUUGUAGUCUGUUGUUUGGCAGCAUCAGGCUGGUUUGUGAUUUGCUGUUGGGAGGUGGUUGAACUAUUGGUCAACAAAGGCAUGCUAAUGGAGGAUAAAGAGAUUGCAGAGAAACUGAAUGAAUUCUUCACAUCUGUAUUUGAAGAUGAGGACAAUGGUCUCCCACCUCCCAGAACAUAUGCCACCCAAGCCUGA